AUGAGUAAAAUAAUUUCUAUAGUAAUAAUUCAGGCUGUAAUUUCCUUCACUUUUUUCCCUCUAAGUUACUCAGACAACAACCUGAUAGAAACAACUUGCAAAAAGACUCCAUUUUUUGAUCUCUGUGUCUCAACUCUAAAAUCAGACCCUCGGAGUUCUACUGCAGAUGUGGCAGGGCUUGCUCUCAUAGCAGCUGAUAGUGUUAAAGCUAAAGCCCUUGCAACCUUGAAUCAGGUUACAGGGUUAAUUAAAAGUGCCACAGAUCCUAAAUUGCUAAAGGCUUUGAAUCACUGUUUUGAUUCAUAUAACAAUAUUCUCCAGGUUGACAUUGCAGCAGCCAUUCAAGCAAUAGUCAAACGGGAUUCAAAAUUUGCUGUUAACAGUGCAACUGAUGCUGCAAACAAGGCUCAGGGUUGUGAUAAUGGCUUUGCCAACCCACCCAAGUCGCCAAUCUCUAAUGGUAACAAAGCUGUGCAUGAUCUUUCUGUUGUGCUUGAAUCCAUUGCCAAAUUAUUUUAA